CCGGUUUCCGAUUGCAAGUUUCCCCCUCUCCGCAGACCAAGACCAUGUGCCGGUAUUCGGCCCAGGCCAUUUCGUCCAGCUGCCCAGCCGAAGACCGAUUGGACUCGCGUGGCGCUGACAUGGCCGAUUGCCGGCCUCCUGGAUUUGGGUCCGAACCUGAUUGGUGGCUGCGAUCCUAUCGCAUAGAAAGCUAUUUUGCCGACCGUGACUCGCCCUUCGCCUUCCCGUGCGAUAGGUUCCGAAUUUACUCAGAUGAACCGAGAAACCGAGCUAUCGCAGAGAUUGACGGCGUGGCCGCAGGCUUGACAUUUCUGGACAAGCUCGAGAAUCUCAUCGAUGUAUUUCCUGAGCGCGGACUCCGCGGGGGGUCGAGCGCUACCGACUUAGGCCUUAACAACGAUGACCCUUAUCCUAAGGACUUAGAUAUACAUGGGGAUGACCACCAGUGCGCGUUGAUUCAUGGCAGCAUCCAAGUUGACCUCCCGGCAGAGCCCAAUCUCGAUGAGUCGUUCGGUUCCGAGCCGGAUCUCGAUUUCCCCGUUGAAAAGACGGGGGAUGUUGGCAAAGCUUGGAGGGGGUUGGGGUCUCUGAGGAGAGGUAUGAAGGCCGAGUUCCGACGCUUCAACGAGGUGGCAUCCCGGGCAGCAUCAACUACAAUGUCCAGGCUUCGCUCAAAGUUUCCUAGUUCCAGAGCGUUAGCAGAUUGUGGAACCCUAGUCUACCGCGACGUCUUAGAUGGCCUUUGUCCGAGCACUCUUGAGGAGAUUUUCGCCUUCGCCAGCUUAUCACACGCCAUGUCCCGGAUCCUGGUGCGCCAGAAGCGGAUGGAGGACGCUCAGGUGCUGUUAGGGGUGCAACGAUGGAGAGAUUGUAUCGGCAACGUGGAUGAGAAAAGUGUAUUUGAUACCUUGGCGUCCGAGAUGUGGCCCUCCAGUUGUAUGUUUUCGACCCAGCCAGAACGGGCUGCAUCUGGCUCGCUCUCCCAAGCCAUCCCUGGACUAGAAGGCUUGGACAAUACGUCGCAGUUCCUGAAGAAAGCAGCAAACAUCACUGCCACCGAGAUGGGUCACAUUCCCGGCGAUGUAUCCCACACAGGCGACACUGGCCCCCCACCCUCCAGUCUAGAAGACGACGUGCUGAAUAUAACGGAACGCACCGCCGAAGAAUUCAACUUUUCUCAGCUCUGUCGCUUUGGAGACGGCGACCCCUACCUGCGCCCAAUGAACAUCGAGCCUCGAGAGCUUUCCAAAUCUUGUGGCCCGGAUCAACCCAUCCCCGGAUACAACCCGCCGCAUUUCCAUCGCCCCCCGUUGGGAGGCCACAGUCCGGCGUCAAAUCAGCCCCCUUCUGAUUGUCACACCUCGCCAGUUUCAUCCUCUUUGCCAAGCUCCUCAUCCUGUGGCCAGCGCUUUUAUCGCUUCCCGGUCACUGACGAAGUUUUCGACUGCAAAGCCAUCAACCUGCGAAACACCGUCACCUUCCUCGCUGUUUUGGCCUUUGCUAGCGAUUGGGGCGAUGGCUUUUACCUAUUCUCUGGUAGCGGCAAGACGGCAGCACACAACAGAACUGGAUCAGCAUGGGCUAGAGAGCGCUCCAAGACAGAGAGGAAGCUUCGGAGGGAGUUCUUCGACCCCCUCAAGAAAGUCGGGACAGACGAUGCUGGCUUCCUAGCACUGCUGGCGGUAGCCAAGAGGUUUGUCGUUCUCGGUUUGCUCGGGACGAAAGAUGAGGUUCAGGAUUACUUGAUCGCGAUAUCCAAGGAGUUUUUGACGUGCGGGGACAGACAGGCCAAGUUUGCCCGCUGGGUAUUAUUGGGACAGUCACCCAGCUCGACGGCAGCAAGCAGCAGCAAGCCCGAACAACAAAAUAAACGCCGCAAACCCUCCGAGAGGCAGCUGGGCGACGGCGGUCCCACAAGAAAGAAACAGUGCAUCUACCGCUGCGAACAUCCGGGGUGCGGAGGCGAAUACCAUUCGGCGUCCGGGCUGUCCAAGCACAAGAAGAAACACCUUCCCGUCACCGAAAUUGUUCGCUGUGAUGUGUGCGAAUACAGUUCAGAUAGACGAGACCUUGUGCGGCAGCACUUCCUUCGACAACAUGGACCAGAUUUGCCGCCGUAUCUUCAAGAGGUACGACGGGGGCAUCGGUAGGAGGGAAGAAAGGAAUAUUUAUUAGAUGUAGGUACUGUGCCGACUUCUUUCGACUUGAAGGUGUUACUUUUGGAUGGCUUCUCCCAGGCUGGCCACUUUUUAUAUCCAACAACUUUGUCGAUAGAAGGUUAACGGGGCGUCAUCCGCAUGGACAUGUUUUGGGAAGUAAAGACAAUAUAGACCAUUCUCAAUUAUAUCACUUGGUCCGAUUUUAGGC